AAAACACCAUACUGCGAGCUCUCGGUCACAUGUCGAGGGAGGAACCGCAGCAGAGGCGGCUGAAACGCCGGCAUUCGGCCUCCACACUCGUCCGGGAAGCAUCGAAUCCGCUUCGGCCGCCGGUCCUGCACACAUGGUGCUCCUCCGGCACAUUUCGGUGGCGCUGACCGCCGCCGUGGCCACGCUGGGCUCGGCGAUCUUCAUCGCCUUCAAUUACUUCUACUCGAGGCGAAAGUGGACACCCCACGCGCAAUACGCCACCAUUAAGGAAGAGGAAGAGGAAUGCGGAAAGCGCCAGGUGCUGGUGCUCGGCUUGGACGGAGCCGGCAAGAGCAGCAUGCUUCAGGGCCUGACGCCUGGGGGGGCUGAGAGGGGCCGUUGCCGCCCCACCCGAGGCUUCAAUUUCAUCAGCGUCAGGGCACCCGCUUGUCAGUUAGACUUCCUAGAGAUUGGUGGCGGUGAGGAAUUGCGCCGCUACUGGUGCGAGUAUCUGAUCAGAACUCACGUGCUGGUCUACGUGGUGGACUCGUCUGAUCGCGGCCGCCUCCCGCUGGCAAAGUCGGAGCUGCACCGCCUCCUGCAAGUGCAACCCCAGCUGCCUGUGGUGGUCCUGGGAAACAAACAGGAUAAAGCUGAGGCGGUGAGUGUGUCAGAGCUCCACGAGGCCUUGUCUCUGGGCUCGGUGGGGGAGGACAGGAAGCUGUUCCUCCUGGCUGCCCAGUUGGAUUCUGACAACGCCCUGAGGAACUCCUGCAGAGGCCUGGAUGCCUGCCAGGACCUCCUGCUCCAGCUUGUUUGAUGGGGGCUGCUUCUCUUCCCCCUAAGGAGGACAUUUUGUCCAGGGUGCUGUCCAAUGUUGCAUAAUAGUGUGCGUACAUAUGUUGACAUUUGAGUGUUCCACUUUUUACGCUUAUUUUUUUUAUGUUACAUUGUCGCUUAGACACUAGCGUCAUUUGUAAAUAUUUUGAGUCUGGGGGAAAGAAAAACAAAAAAAAACAAAGGCUCAGCCGGUCACUUGAUAUUUAAUAUCGCCUCUUAGCCCGAUGACUGAUGGUUGAGCGAUGAGUCAUAAAUAUGAGGGUUUUAAAUGAAGGUCAUGUUUUAUUCCAUUUGAUGCGCUGUGACCAUGGAAAAUUAUUCAUUGGUUGGACUCAAGAUUUUCAUGACUGCAGAAACUGUUGUAUAUAUUAACAUGUCAAAAUGCAUUUUAUUUGUGGAAAAUAAAAAAAUAGUGUCUAUGCAUCA